AUGCGGCUUUAUGAGACUCAUGUCACCCGGGUUCGCCCAACUCAACUACCGCUGCUGGAGUCCGCAGUUUCCUCGCCACAGAACAACAAAAACUACCAUGGCCAAAACGAUAUCUUUCAGCUUGCGGGAAUCCUUGCGGAGAGAAUCAUCCUUAACCAUGCUUAUCAAGACGGCAACAAAAGGAUUGCACUCCUGGCGGCAGACAUGUUCCUAAAAAUCAACGGUUUCCAGCUGCAGAAAACCCCGUUUGGCAGUGAUAACGUUAACGACGGUCUGAAGGAUGCCCAUGUGGCAAUUGCGGCGAAGCGAUGGACUGCUAAGAACUUAGCAGAACACUACAGAAGCAUUGCGAAGCCUGUCAGCAAAAUCAGUGGCGAGAUUCGACAAUAUGUGGCAGGGUCGGAGCAGCUCUAA